UUGGUUUUACAGGAUUUUGGCCUACCACGAGCCCCUCAUCCUUCCUCAGCAGUGCGAGAUCCAAUAGGGGAUGGGACUAGCCGAAUUUUCUCAGCGAAUGGACAUGUUCGAAUUAUUCCUCCUAUACCUAAGAAAGAGGAGAUUAAAUUGGAAAUACCUGACGAGUGUCCAGACGAUCUGACGAUCAGGGAUGUAAUAAAAGCUAAAAAUCACGAAGAACGAGUUUUGAGGAAACUUCAUUCAGCUGGCUCUUCUACUCAGAAUGGUGAUAGCUGCGAGUACAAUAAAGUACGGAUAUGCGACCAUGGCUUGGAAUAUCGAAACACUAGGAACAGCUCGUUGCCCCCUGAAGUCCGGAAAAUCGCAUCUAGGGGUAGUGGAGUUAUAGCAAGAUCACUUGCCUGUUUGGCAAAAUAUAGAGCAGAAAAUCAAGAGUUGGUAAAGGCACCAUUGGUUCAAGGUGAGACUAUGGUGAAACAUCGAGCAGAAAAUCACGACUUAAAGGAGCCUCUAGUCGAAGUGAAACCCCCUCCGGCAGACGACGUGUGUGAUAAAGAAAGCGUCCCGAAGAUGCCGAAAGUUGAAACAGUCGAACUGCCGACCGAAGUUUCUGAAAUGAAGGAGCAUAUUGUUCCACUCUUCUAA